AUGCUUGUACGAUAUAAAGCAGAAUUAUAUUGUCGUAUUUCCACACUUCCUUUAACAUAUCGAAUUCAAUUACAAAAUCUUUUGAAUCAUCUCCUUCAUAUAGAUCAGGAAACUUUUAAAAUAAAUUAUCGAGAAUCUUACAUAUUUACCUAUCCAACAAAUACUGAAAAAAAUGAUACAAAUUUAAAUUUAAUACGAAACACGAAUGCGAGCGACUUAGUAGUACUAAAUGACGAUGAAUUGUCCAAGAAUGUAGUUGAAAAUACAUCAAUAUCUUCUACAACAUUGAAGCAAUUAAUAAAUACAGCAAAUCAUCAACAAAAAUCUCUUAUUGAUUUUAUGCAGACAUAUUUAGACUACUUAUUAAAGCACUCUAGGCGUCCACGAGAAGUAUCAAAACCGAAACCUUUUCAUAUAGUUGUUAAUGGACUAGCUGGAUCUGGAAAAUCUUAUGUCAUUUCCAUAAUUGAAAAAAUGUUAAUUGAAUAUUGCAUUGCAGAAUCAGCUACAGUUUCACAUGCUCGUAAGAAUUUUGGUUUAUUGAAAAUGGCUCAUACAGGCAAAGCAGCAUUAAAUAUUCAUGGAUCUACUAUACAUUCUGCUUUAGAAAUUUGUCCAGAUCGAAGUUCUUCACCAAAUAAAAUAAAUUCUUUUAAACUUUAUACAUUACGAAAUCGACUGCAUGGAUUAUUAUUAAUAAUAAUAGAUGAAAUAUCACUUGUUUCUUAUUCAUUAUUACAAAAAAUUAAUAAACGAUUAAAUGAAAUAUUUCAGAAAUCACAUAAUUGUGAUUCUUAUUUUGGUAAUAUUCCUGUAAUUGUAUUUGGAGAUAUGGCUCAAAUAGAACCAGUAGCUGCUAAACAAGUUUUUUAUCGACCAUCAGGAGAAUUGUUUUCAUUGUGGCAUGAUCUAUUUCGAUCUAUAAAUUUCGAUAUUAAUAUGAGACAAGGUGACGAUCGAGUAUUUUUUGAUUGUUUAUGUCGAAUGCGAAUCGGGUGUUUGGAUGAUGAAAACGAACUUUUAAUUAAAUCGAGAAGUAUAAGUCCUGAAGAUAACCCUGAAGGUUACAAACAACGAUUACAAGAAUUGCAUUCUUCGGAAUUCGAAAAUGCUGUUUAUGCGUAUGGGCUUCGAAAACUUACAAAUUUAAGAAAUUUACAACAACUGAGAAAACAUUCGAUUGAAAGUAAAAAUCCUAUUUUUAUGAUUAAUGCUUUGGAUAGAGUAGCUAUGACUAGUACACCUUUCUUCAAAUCUAGCAAAACAAGUCAUAAAAUUUGUAAAAUUAAUCUUAAACCUUCAACUGAUGAAAAUGAUUGUGGGUCAAUGUACCAACGGAUACCAAUUUGUGUAGGGGCACGAGUUUUAAUUCGACGUAAUAUAGAUGUAGGAAAUUAUGUCGUUAAUGGAACUGAAGCAGUAGUAAAAGAAAUAGUUUGGGAAAAUCCAAAAGAUUUUCUUGCAGCACCAUUACUAUGUGAUGACAUAUUUUCAACAUUUACUAACGUAAUUAAUACAAAAUUGCCUAAAUAUGUGGAACUUGAAUUAUUCAAUGGUAAAACGUACAAAUUGGAACCUCAAGAAACACGAUUCAAUGAUAUGAACAAAAUCAUGAUGACUCGGUUACAAUUACCUUUAGCACUUGGAUAUGCUAUUACUAUCCAUCGAAGUCAAUGUAUGACAUAUCCAAAAUUAGUUGUAGAUCUUAGUGGUAAAUAUUGGAAACCUGGCAUGUUUUAUACAAUACUUAGUAGAACACGUCACAUCACAGAUAUUAUUAUACUAGCAUAUGAUCGUAAAUCUUUUAAAGUUUCAAGAGAGGGUUUACAAGAAAUUGAACGUUUACAGAGAUUAGAGAAGGAGCAUCCUAUUAAAAUUGACGAUUAUUUAAGCGAAAAAACUUGCAUUUUGGAUUCAAAUUUCUCUUCUGAUUCAUGUUUUACUGAUAUAAAAAAUAUCGACGAAACUUUCAAUGAUAAUUCAUAUUAUAGUAUCAGAACACGUUGCCAAACUAAUGAAAAUGUUGUUAAUAAGCAAUUUGAUAUGUUUCAUGAUGGCAUGACUCCUGAAGGUGUAAUUAUUUGUGAAAGACAAGAACGACUUUUUUGUGGUCGCCAUGCUCUUAGAGCUCUUUUACAAAAUAUCGAUAUAUUUGAUGAUACAUAUUUAAUAAGCGUAGGUGAACAGCUUGCAACAGACGAGUUAUUCGUUCGUGAAAAUGCGCAUGGGUUUCGGCACGUUUAUUUCAAUGUUGCUAAUGGUCAUUACAACAUUAAUGUUAUUCACCAGGCUCUUCGCGAAAAAUCUCAUAUUGAACUUAUUCAGUUAUAUCGAAUUACUGAAACGUCAACCUUGUGCCAUCGAUUGAUUUUAAAUAAUAUUUUUGAUAUUCAAGCGCUUUUUAUUCAAAAAAAUGAGCAUUAUUUUUGUGUUCGACGAUUUGAUUGUACAUUGAAUUAUUUCUUCAUAAUAGACUCGUUAAAACCAAAUAAUCAUGAAACAAUUAAGCGAGAUCAGAUACAUAAUUAUAUUAAAUAUUUACAAGAAAAUGAAAGUUCAGUAUUUGUUCCUGUCUGUUCUAAUAUUGCACAAAUGGAAAAUAUUUCAUCGGAUUUAAUAUUUGCCUUAAUUCAUCCAUUACCAACAUGUCUAGCUGACCAAGUUCCUUUAGCAGUGAAUAAUCAAACAAAUUUUAUUUUUGAAUAG